AUGGAUCAGCUCUUUCAGGAUGCUGAACAGCAAAUACAGGCCCUCUACUCCACCAAUAACCAGGAGCAAGUCUCCGGUCUACUGAAGAGCUUGAGGGACCUACAAAGAUCAGAACACGGCCAGGCGUUGGCAGAUCAUCUUCUCCAGCUGCCCAACCUAAACUCCCGCUAUUUUGGCGCAUUGACCUAUGCGGUAGUCAUACAAUACCUUGACGAGGCGUCAGAAAGUCAGCUCAAUGGUCUCAUACAAUCCCUCGGCACGCAUCUUCAAAACUUCGCCCAAGAUGUAUCAGCAAUUGGUUCGAAUCUUCUCGUACUACGAAAGCUCAUGUCCGAUUUAGCACAAAUCUUCAUCCGCCACCCUUCCAGUCGAAAUCCGGUUUCAACAUUACUUGAGGCGGUCUCAGGUAACCAAUUUCACGACACAUUAUCAUUUGCAUCUUGCAUCUCCAGCCUUCCGGCAGAGCAAUUCAUCCUAUCGCUCUCGUUCUUCGCUAUUCUAAUUGAGGAUGCCACCAGGCUUAACGACUAUAAACUGGCAGUACACCCUGCUGUCAAGAUCGAAAUUUAUCCCUUGUUGAUAACGUGUGUCAAUUAUGUUACUCAUCUACACUCACGGGGCAACUUGUCAUAUGAGGUUGACUUAGAGAUGUCAAAGACACUAGCUUCAUGGAUGGUCUACAUACCAAACAUUGGUGGCGAGCUAAGGUUCUCUGCAGAUGACGUUGCUCCAAUCACAGAGUAUUUACUCUUUCAUAUAGAGGGUGACUGUGAUGUUAAUAACGAGAACAGUUUGCAGCUCAGCAAAGAGUGUAUGGCAGUAUUUGCAGAGAUACUAGAGAGCAACGCAGCACUUCUCUCUACCGAAACCAAACUGGUUUUGUAUCGCCGACUCUUCGACGACGGGGAAUGGGGCUCUAGUUUUUUGAACCAGGUUGUAUUUACAGAGCGCCGAGAGGAGUUCGAGGAAGAAGUGAAUUCGUACGUCUUUCUCGCGAUUGUUAUUGCUCAGCUAAACCUGAUAAGGUUAUCCAAGUCGAUUCUACAGCCUCAAACCCGAAACGUUCUCUCUAUUCUUUACAGGCUAACAGCCAUCGAAGGCGUUCCUUUUAUUGACGAAUCAAUCUCCGAACAAAUGCUCAUUUUCUGGGAGGAAUUUGCCAACGUCUAUGUUGAUCUGGAAGAUUUAGUCGAAGUUUUACUUGAGAGCAACAGCGACCCAGGAUUUGCAGAAGCUUUCAAUAAUGAAAAGCGCAGAAUUUUCGAUCAGGUAGCCAAGAUCUACUGGACCAAGAUCAGAAUACCAGAGUUUUCAGCGUAUCAGUCCAUGAAAUCCGAUUUCUUGAGCUAUCGCAGUAAUGUCGCGGACUUCUUCUUGAUCGUUUAUAACCUUUUAAAGAGUCCAUUUUAUGGCGAUCUAGCAAAUUUUGUGGCGGAGAAUGCAAACUCGAACCCCAAUGAAUCACAACUUGGCGAAAUCGAGGCAACGCUUUUUCUUCUUUACAAGAUCAAUGAUGACUCUUCCUACUACGAGUCACAGACUCGAGAGCUCAUACCCUAUUCCCGGGCUAUCUUCAGCAAUGGCAUUGCUCGUUCUUUUCAGCAACUUCCAACCUCCUUUGACUUGAGUGUCGUUCACACGUCUACCUUCUUGCAAUAUCUCAACUCCAACGAAUUUUUCUUUUCUAGCGAUGAAGGUUUUGAAUAUUUGGGAGAGGCUUUCAAUUUUCUUAUCCCCAUCAUUAUGAAGGGGGGUAAGCCACUUGCUUUUCUUGCUUCAAAGACUGUCACCAACCUUUGUGAACAGUGUAGUCAAAGAUUGCUCGAUUUUCUCCCAAGUCUAGAGCCAGUUGUGUUAGAAAUGCUCAAGAAUCCUGAUAUUGACAGCUUGGUGAGACUGCGGAUGUUCAACGCUUUUAGUGUCAUUGCCAGAAGUAUCAAGGACCUUGAAGAACACGCUAGAUUGAUCAACGGGCUUAUAACAACCAUCGCAGAUGCUGCUCACUCAAUGAUUGACAUCGCGAAAGAUGAAUUGAACGAAGAGCAAGAGGAAUACCUUGUUUCACUAAUCUCAUGUAUUGUCAAUAUCGCAAAAGGUAGCGGGCUACCUGAUGAGACAAUAGAUGACAUGUCAGAGGAAGAACAGGCUCAGUAUAAGGAGUUUUGGAUGGCUGAUCCACUUCAAACGAAGCAAAUGGUUCUUCUCAUUGUCCAAGAGCUUAGCAUGAAUUAUCCACCCCUUCGUCAAAAAACAAUCGUUAUAGAGAAGUCCACUCAAGUGUUCAAGGCCGGGCUCGGGGAAAAGUUGAACGGACCGCUAACUUUUGACGAUACGACAGUUGCGGACUAUGCAAUAAGCAUCAACAAUGUUCUCAACAAUCCAAACGCUAUUCCUUAUGUGUUUGCACUCAUUGAGUCCCUUGUGAAACUAAACUAUCGAGAGCUUCAGCCUGAGAUAGUUCAGGAGUUAGUCAGCAGGCUCCUCACGGAAAGAUUAGACUUUCUCAAAACCGACCCAGACAUGAUCAAAAGCGCCAUUGAUUUAGCAUCUAAAAUUAUAGAAUGCAAACCAGCAUUAAUCAUUCACACAGAUGCCUUCAUCAACAUAAUCCUUCAUUUUGCGCUCGACGGGUUAGAUGCAAAUGAGACAUUCAUUGUCAAAUCUAUCCUGAAAUUUUGGACGAAUUUCACGUCUUUGAAGAGAGGUACUGAAAGUGAUCACACGAGAAUGAACGAGAUUUUCCUCCAACAUCAACUUGGACCAGCCUUGACUCAACAUCUUCUUAAAGCGUUUUUAAGGGCACCUCGCUCAUCUCUUGAAAAUUAUUACAUGAUAUUCAGAGCCAUUAUUGGCAAGUUCACGGUCCAUAUCAAACAGUGGCUCAUCGACGCUCUUGCAUCUCCAGAGACAACAGCAGGAUCCAGAGUGAAAGAGAAAGACCUAGAAAUGUUUGUUCAUCGUCUUGUGGUGACACGGGGAAGACGUGCCGCAAAUGACGUGCUUAAAAAUUUCUGGCUAUUGGUCAAUGGUUUCGUGGAAUAUAACACGCAAACCUAUUAG